GUUGGGCCCAAACGGAAUCCCACGUGCCUGCCCCGUGACCUUCCUCAUUUCUGCUACUCUGCACUCUCGUUUCCCAACCAUGGCGGACGGCCAUUCCUUCAACAAUAUCUCUCUCGGUGGUCGUGGAGUAAUGAAAUAGAGAAUAAGAAAAAGAAAAGAAAAAAGAGAUGAGAGAUUUUAAUCUCUCUCCCUGAACUCUUUUGGGAACUCUCCAUCACACACACACACUUUACGCCAUAGACAAACACUCUGCCACACAUACACACACACUCACUCUCCGAUACACAAACAAGCAGCACCUCCUUCCGGCGAUCGCCGCGCCUCCGGCGACCGUGGGAAAACACCUCUCGUCUCUUUCUCUCUGUCUCAACCCCUAACCCCAGCACGAGCACACAUAGGCUAGCCCCUCUCUCUGUCUGCGUUCGCCGCCUCAUCACCGGAUUCCAACGACUCCAUAGGCUAGUCUACCUCACAUUUGUGUAAUCCUACCUUGUGAGAUCACGCGAGCAAGGAGAUAGCGAAAGAGUAAAGUGAUUCCAUCGUCAAGGCGCUCUGGAUUUUGAGCAGCAAUUGCUGUGAUUUUCAACACAGUAGGGGAUCUCCUCCCAUAUACCCUCACCCGUGCCUCUGCCUACUCUCGACUCCCAAUCAUGGCGGACGGUCAUUCGUUCAACAAUAUCUCUCUCGGUGGUCGAGGAGGAACUAAUCCUGGACAACUUAAAGUCCACUCAGGUGGGAUAAUAUGGAAGAAACAAGGAGGUGGCAAGGCUGUGGAUGUUGAUAAAUCAGAUUUGCUGGGCCUUACAUGGAUGAAGGUACCUCGAUCUAACCAACUUGGAGUUCAAACCAAAGAUGGCCUCAACUACAAGUUCACCGGUUUCCGGGAUCAGGAUGUUGCGAGCCUGAAUACAUUCUUCCAGACCAACUUUUCAGUAACUCCAGAGGAGAAGCAGCUCUCUGUCAGUGGAAAAAAUUGGGGAGAAGUUGAUUUAAAUGGGAAUACACUUACUUUUCUUGUGGGUAAUAAGCAAGCAUUCGAGAUAUCUCUAGCCGAUGUAGCACAAACCCAACUUCAAGGGAAAAAUGAUGUCAUGCUGGAAUUCCAUGUUGAUGAUACAACUGGUGCCAAUGAGAAAGACUCAUUAAUGGAAAUAAGUUUCCACAUCCCUAAUUCAAACACUCAAUUUGUUGGUGAUGAAAAUCGACCUUCUGCUCAGGUAUUCAGAGACAAGAUUGUCUCAAUGGCAGAUGUUGGAGCAGGAGGGGAAGAAGCUGUUGUUACAUUUGACGGGAUUGCCAUACUUACUCCUAGGGGACGAUACAGUGUCGAACUUCAUCUUUCCUUUUUACGUCUCCAAGGACAGGCUAAUGACUUUAAAAUUCAGUACAGCAGCGUAGUUCGUGUUUUUUGGUUACCUAAGUUCAACCAACCACACACCUUUGUUGUCGUGACACUUGAUCCACCAAUUAGGAAGGGCCAAACCUUGUAUCCACAUAUUGUGAUGCAGUUUGAGACUGAUGCUAUUAUGGACACCACUUUAUCAAUGAGUGAAGACCUUUACAAUUCCAAGUACAAAGAAAAGCUUGACCCUGAUCACAAGGGACUCAUCCAUGAGGUCUUCAUUACUAUACUGCGUGGAUUGUCUGGUGCCAAAGUCACCAAACCAGGAAAAUUCCGCAGUAGUCAGGAUGGUUAUGCUGUCAAGUCAUCACUCAAAGCUGAAGAUGGGGUUCUCUAUCCUCUUGAAAAGAGCUUUUUCUUUUUACCUAAGCCACCCACUCUAAUUCUUCAUGAGGAGAUUGACUAUGUGGAGUUUGAGAGGCAUACUGCUGGAGGUUCAAACAUGCAUUAUUUUGAUUUUCUCAUCAGACUUAAGACUGAGCAGGAGCAUCUUUUCAGAAAUAUUCAAAGAAAUGAGUAUCACAAUCUCUUUCAAUUUGUCCAAGAGAAAGGUUUGAAGAUUAUGAAUUUCAAUGCGGGAAGUGUCCCAAAUGCCGAAGGAGUUGCAGCUGUUUUGCAGAGUGAUAUUGAUGAUGCUGUUGAUCCACAUCUCGAGAGAAUCAGGAACCAAGCAAUUGGAGAUGAGAGUGAUGAGGAGGAUGAAGAUUUUGUUAUUGAUAAAGACGAUGGUGGCUCCCCCACUGAUGACUCCGGGGGAGAUGACUCUGAUGCUAGUGAUAGCGGAGGGGAGAAAGAGGCAACACCGAAAAAGAAGCCCAAGAAGGAACCUUCUGCUGUGAAGGCGUCAUCUAGUAGGAAAAAGACUAAAGAUGAUGAUGAUGAUGGAAAGAAGAAGAAACAAAAGAAGAAAAAGGAUCCAAAUGCCCCCAAGAAAGCAAUGAGUUCCUUCAUGUUCUUUUCUCAAGCCGAAAGAGAGGAUGUGAAGAAGACUAAUCCAGGAAUUGCGUUUACAGAAGUAGGAAAAGUACUAGGAGAAAGAUGGAAUAAGAUGACUGCGGAGGAGAAGGCUCCAUAUGAAGCAAAAGCCCGAGCUGACAAGAAACGCUACGGUGAUGAGAUCAGUGGCUAUAAGAAUCCACAGCCGAUGGAAGUUGACUCACCAGAUGGAUCUGACACCUCUUAGAGUUCCAUCGCUGACAAACUGUCCGAGGUUUCAUAAGCCUUCAGUAGCUGAUAAAUGUGUCAUUCUUGUUACAAAUAUCUGUGAUGUGGCUAAUUUAACCAUGUUGAUGCAUGUGCUUAUACAAAAUUUUAUUAUGUGCAACA